UCAAAAUAUUAUUCAGUAAGAUUUUUGGUCCUUCUUCUUCCAUUCUGGAGCUCUGUUCUAGUCAUCACUGAGCAGAAUUCACUCAAAACCCUAAUUCUAGAAUGCUAGCAAUACAGCUCCCUGCUCGUCUUGUCGUGAGAUCCAUCACCAGCUUCUCCUCCACCUCCACCACUGCCGCCACCGCUACCACCUUGCAGGAAAUCGCCGCCACCCGUAAAGGUCUGGCUAAGGUUGUCUUGAAAAAAGGCAAAACACAAAUUUUUCGUGAUGGAAGUCCGAUGGUUUACAGUGGUGCAGUUGAUAGAAUAAUUGGCAGACCGCCUCCAAAAACUGGCGACAUUGUUCUGGUGGCUGAUGGGUUAGAGAAGCCGAUUGGUUGGGGUUUGUACAACUCAGUGUCCAUGUUCUGUGUUCGUCUUAUGCAACUUGAAGAAGAGGCCACUAGGGAUUUAAAUUGUGCAUUGGACAUGGAAAAGCUGCUUGAAACAAGGUUUGACGCUGCAAUAGAAUUACGUAGAAGUCUGGGUCUUCCAUCAGUGGAUACCACUGCAUAUCGUCUUAUCAAUAGCGAAGUGGAUAUAUAUUUUAUUUGCAGGUUGUCUGGCCUAAUUAUAGAUGUUUUUGGAGAUGUUGCAGUAGUAGCUUCAUCUGCUGCAUGGGUUGAACAGUACAAAUCAGAGAUAGAGUUGCAUAUCAGAACUAUGAAGAAUAUAAAACAUAUAAAAUGGAGACCAUCAAUUGAUAUCUUAAAAGAAGAAGGUCUGGACAUAACAGAUCAAACAGAUUCUGAUUCAUCUAUGCUUUCUGAAGUAAAGGUGAUAGAAAAUGGCAUAUGCUACAAUGUCUCCUUAGCAGGUCAGAAGACUGGGUUUUAUGCAGAUCAACGUGAAAAUCGUCGUCUCAUAUCAUUAAUUUCAAAGGGUCAAAAAGUUCUUGAUGUUUUCUGCUACAGUGGUGGUUUUGCUCUAAAUGCAGCAAAGGGUGGUGCUGAGUAUGUCAUUGGAAUUGAUUCUUCAUCACCUGCUUUGGAGCUUGCUGAAGAGAAUGUCCGUCUGAAUAAGUUCAAUCCCGAAAAAAUUUCAUUCAUGAGAAAAGAUGCAACUGAAUUCAUGAAAGAAGCUGCAUCCAGACAGAAAGUUUGGGAUAUAGUAAUUCUUGAUCCUCCAAAACUAGCACCUCGAAGAAAGGUUCUGCAAAAUGCAUCUGGUAUGUAUAGAAAUCUGAACUCAUUAGCAAUGAAAAUCACAAAGAAGGGCGGCCUACUCAUGACAUGUUCUUGCUCAGGAGCCAUCACUCAAAGUGGAACAUUUCUACGUAUUCUUCAGGGUGCUGCAUCAUUGGCAGGUAGAAAAAUCACAAUUUUACGGCAAGCUGGAGCAGCGUGUGAUCAUCCCAUUGACCCUUCUUACCCUGAAGGUGCGUAUCUAACUAAUUACUUGCUCAGAGUACUGUGAUAAUCAGUCCUUCCUGCUGAAACAGGAAUCAAAAAUAUGUUAUGUUGUCCAAUUUCAUUGUAUUUCUUCAGAUCAAAUUUUUGUAAUAUUUUUCCGGUAAUGGUGGUUGAUUAGAUCAUCAUAUCUUCAAACCUUGUGCCUCGCAAAUUUUGAUUGAGAAAAAAAUAGAGGAAAGAAAUGGAACGAAUUACAUCUUUAUUUA